AUGAUAGAACCCUCUGAAGACUCAUUUGAGACGAUGAUGGAGCGUAAGAAUCCAUCAUCAAAACAAAUGGAGUCCUCCGAGGGCUCAUCCAACACCACCGUGGGAACACCAGGCAGCGGCGCGCAGGAGGCAGCGGGGGCGGCCAGCGGCCCCGCCCAGGAAAGGAAAGAGCUGCCCAUUGAUCUCCGCCAAGACAUGGAGGAGCCAUCCAGUGGCCCACAUAGGGAAAUAAAGGAUCCACCCAAUGACCUACUCCAAGACCUGGAGGAGUCACGCAACGCUGCACAUCAGGAAGUGGGGGAUCCGACCGGUGAGGCACCUGGCGGAAUGGAAGAAGCAUCAGUCAACCCCUGGGGAGCCCAAGACCAAGAAGUCAAUGACACUGACCUGGCCAACAUGGAAGAGGAGGAGAGCCCCGAAGAGGAUUCCGAGACUUCGGAGAUCAUGGCCACGGUGAGAUCCAUCAUCUCUCUGUACCUCCGCAUGCAAGACCUCAGAGAGCAACAAAGGGUAGCAGAAGAGAUCUUGAUGGAGGGGAUCAGUGCGGGCCGACUCCCCGUCCCAUCCAAAUUCUCCGGCGACCGCAGAGAAUACCACGAGUUCAUCGUGCUCUGCCAGCUGAUCCUGCAAAGCUACCCACGCAUGUUCUACAACGACCGCCUGCGAGUGGGGUACGUCAUGUGCCACCUCUCGGGCAUGGCCUUAGAAUGGGCCAAAGCCCUGGUGGAGGAAGACAGCCCCCUGAUUGACGACUUCCCGGCCUUCCUGGAGGCCAUGUCAGGUAUGUUCGAGUACCGACAGGCGCUGCGUGUGGCCGAAGACGCCAUGUUCAACAUCAGGCAGGGGAGCCGCCCCGCCAUCGAGUACAUCAAUGAGUUCCGGGGCCUGGUACCCACCUUGGGCUGGUCGGACGAGGUCCUGCAGGCUCACCUGUGCCAGGGCCUCAACGAGGAGAUCAGGCACUACCUGUUCCGGGUCCCGCAGCCCGACUCGCUGGACAGCCUGAUCGUGCUCGUCCUGCAGAUAGAGGAGAAGCUGGCGGAGAGAAGGGCCAUGCUCAGGCUGCCCCCGGAGGCCCGCCCACGGAACCUGACCUGGAUCGACUCACCUGCCCCGGAGAGAUGGAUGGUCAGCAACUGGAUGCCGUGCCAAGCCCGGCCCACCGUCAACCGCGACCACCUCUUCCUGCUGCUCCUGGUCAGGGUGAACCCCUACCACAGCGUCGCGGUCCAGGCCCUGGUGGACUCAGGGGCGGGCGGCAGCUUCAUGGAUGAGAAGUUUGCCCAGGAGCACUACGUGGAGCUCUACGAGAAGCCCCACCCGAAGAUGGUCCAAGGCGUGGACGGCUCGCUGAUCGGCGACGAACCUGUCUGGCUCUACACCGAGCCCCUGGUGUGCAUCCAUCAGAACCACCAGGAGUCCAUCGAAUUCGACAUCGUCCCGUCCCCCAACUUCUCCGUCAUCCUAGGCAUCGACUGGCUCCGGCUCCACACCCCCGAGGUCGACUGGAUCCAAGGCCGCUGUACCUUCCACUCUCCCUACUGCCUGCAGAAGUGCUUCCGCCCGCCCCCACCAUGCAUCGCGCUAGAAAGACAUGCCAUCAGCCUGCUGCCCGGACUGCCGCCCCUGUACUCCGACCUGGCCGACGUGUUUAACCCGAAGGAAGCAGAUGAUGAGACUUCCGACCAGCCAAGCUCAGACGGAUCCGAUGAUCUUUCUGAAUCAGAGCCCUCUGAGCUUCAGCAGGCUGGAGACAGUGAUCACAGCGAGACCUUCUACGAGUGUCCCUCCAUCGCGCCGUGGGAACCUGUGGGUGCCGGGAUGCAAAACAGCGCCAGGCCGCGGGACGAAAGCUGGAACCCAGACAGCAUGCUGACUAACAGACAAGACUACGUACAGGUGAUCCCAGAACUAUUCGACCAGUUACACGGAGCUACGUGGUUCACAAAGCUGGAGCUGCGGGGGACCGUCGUGGAGGAGGGCAUGAACAUAAACCAAGCAGAGGAUGUAUGGAAAGCAGCAUUCGGGUUUGAGCCCCAAGAGAUGAAGAGCUACCGGCCCUUCCCGCUAUCCUCAGACCCGACCAUCCCUCAGAACGUGCUCCACUUUAUCCUAAAGGACAUGCUCGGCUACUUUGUGCUCUCCUACGGCCGGGACGUCCUGGUCUACUCCAUGAGCCAGGAGGAGCACUUCCAACAUGUGCGCCAAGUCCUGGUCCGCUUCCGACACCACCACGUCUACUGCUCGCUGGACCGGAGCCAGUUCCACCGGCACACCGUCGAGUUCCUGGGAUUCGUCAUAACCCCCAAAGGGGUGAGGCUCAACAAAAGCAUCGUGAACACCGUGACGGGCUACCCCACCCCGGGCUCCAAGAAGUCCCUGCGACACCUGAUUGAGUUCAUCCUGCCCUACCAGCACUUCGUGGAGCGCUUCCACAUCAUCAUAGAGCCCCUGGCGCGCCUGCUGCUCACGGAGGACGCCUUCUCCUGGGGGGACGACGAGCAGGGGGCCUUCAACUGCCUGAAGCGGGCUGUCCGCAGGGCGCCCCUCCUGCACCACCCCAAGCCGCAGAACCCCUUCUACUUGGAGACGGGUGUCACCAAGACGGCUCUGCACGCGUCCCUGAGCCAGAGAGACGACCAGACCGGCAGGAGGGUGUCCUGCGCCUUCUACUCCCGCAGUAUCUCGCCUAUCGAAACCGACUACUCUCAACUGGAGAUGAAGAUUCUUCCAAUAAGGGCUGCCUUCAUGGUGUGGUGCCGCUACCUGGAGAACACCGAGGAGCCCAUCAUGAUCCUUCUCAACACAGAGGAUCUAGCCUCUCUGAAUAAUGACAGGCUCACCGUACUUCUCCCCGGGCAUUGGGUCUUCUUCUUCUCCCACUUCAACUUCGAUGUCAUGGAGCGGCCGGCCCAGGACGGCGGCCGCCGCCUGCCGCCCCCGAGAAACCUGGGCCACGGGGCCCGCACCAGGUCACCAUUCAGCCCGGGAGGGUCCCCGGGGGCUCGGUCCCUGGAUUCCACAGAGGACGAGGAGGCGGAGGACACCCCCGCCCAGGGUCCCCCGAGCAGGCGGAACCUCCAGCAGGAGUUCCUGGCUCGGAUCCCCAUCGACCAAAUCCUGCACAGCGUCCUGGCCCACGUCAGCGUGGCCCAGAUCCGAGCGGUGGUCCUGCACUUCUUCCGCGGCCUCCUGUUCUGGAAGGACACCCUGGCCGUGGCCGCGCUCCUCGUGCUGCUCAAGCUCAAGCGGCGUCUGGCGCCGCCCGCGCGCGCCCGCGCCCCACCCCGACGCUGGCUGCGCCUCGGCCAGGCGUCCGCGCUCCUCGCCCACGGCAGCGGCCUGGCCGCCACCCUGGCGCAGCUCCUCGCCCCGGCGCCCCCGCCCGCGGGCCCCAGCGCCGUCCCGGCGCACGAGCUGGCCGCGCUGCUCCCGCACCCCGGCUGCGCGCAGCAAGGCGCGCUGCUGCCCCUGAGCCGCCGGGGCCUGCAAAUGAGCCCGGGCUUCUGGCUGCUGCUGUGCGACUUCUUCGGCGUCCACGUGGGCCACCUGGACGCGGCCCGCGCCCCCCCGCGGGGAGCCCGCCCCCGGGAGCUGCACGUCGCGGCGGAUGACGAUGUCGUCUUGCGAGGAGCCCUGCAAGGCGACCUGCAACGUUGCCGUCAGCGCGGCCUGCACGACGGCCUGCAAGACACCUCGCAGGACGAGCGGGACAGCGACGUGAGGGCGGCCCUGCUGCCCCGCCUGGGCCUCCCCGAGCCCUCCGAUGUCCUGGCCUUCCUGAGCCGACACCCACCCCGCGGCCGCGGCACCGCCGGCCUGGCCGACCCCAUCUCCCAGGAGCUGGCGGCCAGGGCCCUGAUCCGCUUUCUGACCGCCAUCUCCGCCGGCGCGCCCCCGGCCCCCGGCCCGGAGGCCGAAGCCAGGCUGCGGGAGCUGCCCCGCGGCGGCAAGGACCAGGCGAGCCCCCAGUGAGGCGCCUCCCGGGCUCUCCUCUGCCCCCCACGACCGACCUCGGCCUCUCCUUCCCGCCUCCCCGUGCCUCGGCCCGCUUCGCUCAGACCUCCCGCCUCCUUCCUGCCACUCCCGACCCAAGGGGAACCCACUUGUGAAGGGCAAAAAUUUCUUCAACUCAUCAACCAGCAACAUCAUCUGUGCUAACAACGGACUAUCCAACCAUCAGAGACCCAGAGCCAGCUCAGGGCUACACAACCACAGUCCCGUCUUAACUGCCCAGGUCCCAGGCUUGCAGCUGGGAGUGCGAUCUGUGAGGGAGAGCGCAGU